CCCCCAGAACCCUAUCCUUCUAUCAAGUGACUCCCCUUCGAGCUUUGAUUCAUGUUUUUUGCGGGCUUCAUGUGAUGCCGGCUCAUAGAUUCUUCUUAUGGCGCAUACGGAGCCUCGGAAGCUGGUGAACCAACAAAAGGGCCGUCAGUCAGACCCACCUCCGAAAUCUCAUUUAAAAGAGGACUCUUCACAGAAUGGGCGCGAAAAUGUGACCACGUGGUACAUGAAGUCCUGGCCUCGGAAGUCCAAGGCACCAGCGAUAACGGAGGUUGCGCGCGAGAGCAUUUCGGCAACAAAUACACAUCUGUCGGAACGGACUCGAUCUAGUACACCUGUGUCGCGACAAUCGAGGACCCAAUCCAUAGACCUUAUGAAGAAGGGUAGACUGUCAACAAGGUCACUUCCCGCCGAUGUUACUACUACGAGAAUCAAUGUUGCUUCCAGUAGAUCGUCACCUGUGCUGGGAACGUCCAAUGAGUUCUCGCCGGCUACCAAACCUGAAAAUGGGGACGAUAGCGCUAAAGAGGAGGCUCUGAUCCCUGUGACCGAGACAAAGAAUAGCGCACAAACAGAAGAGCAAAAUAGAUGGAAGGAAAGUCUCGAGACUGACGAAGAACCGACGAAACCAGAUCAGCCAGCAGAGAAAGGCGCUCAAGGAAAUACGGCAAGUCCACAACCUGGAUGGUUCAGUUGGCUUUCACGUAGCAAAGAUGGGGCGGAUAAUUCUACCACUGAUGAAAACAGGCAAACCACACCAACCGGUGUCACGUUAACUAAAUCCCCGAUAAAGAUUGAGCCUGCCCCUGAGACGGAGCCAGAGACUGUAAAUCAGUUGGUAGCUGAUUCAGACCAAGAUGCAAGCAAGAAUAUGAGUGUGGAGCCUCCUACGAAUACGGACAGCACUUCGACCACCACACCUCAAAAAAGAUCUUGGUUAUAUAUGUGGGCAGUGAGUCCUGCCACUUCUCAAGAAGCGAAUUUUGGAAAUGGGAACCCCAAAUUAGAAAAAAGCCAAUUAGUCGAGACGAACCCAGCAGAGUCGUCGCAGCAGGUGAUGCCGGACCAGGCAGAAAGUAUGCAUGCGACGGGACCUGACGUGAAUGCUACUGUCAAUGAUGCUACCCCGGUACGAGACGUUGCCAGACCAACCAGCUGGCUUUUUUGGUCUAGAGAAAGACAAGAUACGGGAGCUACGCCGAACACCGCGCAAGAAACCUCCACAGAAUCACCUGGGUCAACACAGCAGAAUAACCCGGAAGCUACAGUAGGCCCGGUAGAUGCCCAACCGGCUCCCGCUGUAUCAAAUCUAAAGUCAAAAAAUAAGGGCUCUUCAAAAUCCGCAAAGGCUGUUGCGGUGGAACUAGGCCCUGAAGUUCCGCCUGAAUCGGCUAAACAGCCUGUGUCUUCGCAAGCAAAGAAGUCCCAUACUCCCCCCAAUCAAGUAUUACCUUCAUUUGAAAACACUUUCCCCUCACAAGAGCGGCCCGGCAUAUUUCAGCAACUAGGACGCUUAAUUUAUUAUGGCAAGGGCCCGGAACCGAAACAUGUUUUACGUGUGCAGGAUCGGCCUCAGAUUAAGAAGGCACUGGCUAUCGGUAUUCAUGGCUACUUUCCCGCUCCGUUGAUACGAAAUAUCAUUGGUCAACCCACAGGAACAUCAGUAAAAUUCGCGAUGAUGGCAGAAAAGGCCAUCCUACAAUGGGCCGCAACUAAUAAUUCACCAUGCCAGGUUGAAAAGAUCAUACUCGAAGGCGAGGGCCGUAUAUCUGAACGGGUGGAUCUACUAUGGAAACUACUACUCAACUGGAUCGACCAUGUCAGGAGAGCUGAUUUUAUUAUGGUAUCCUGCCAUAGCCAGGGAGUACCUGUGGCAACGAUGCUUGUAGCCAAAUUAAUUGCUUUUGGCUGCAUUAGCUCUGCACGUAUAUGCAUCUGCGCAAUGGCCGGGGUUAAUCUCGGUCCGUUCCCAGACUAUAGGUCAAGGUGGAUAAGUGGCUCUGCUGGUGAAUUGUUCGAUUUUGCCGAUUCGAAAAGCAAGGUUUCCCAGGACUAUCUGACAGCACUUGAAACUGUGCUCGAUUCCGGAGUCAAAAUAGCGUACAUAGGUAGUAUUGAUGAUCAGCUGGUGUCCCUAGAGUCGUCUGUUUUCGCAACCAUUUCCCAUCCUCAUAUUUGCCGCGCCGUAUUUGUGGACGGUAGGGUACAUGCGCCAAGUUUUGUAUCACAUUUAGUUGGCUUCUGUAUGAAGCUGCGUAACCUCGGAAUAUCCGAUCACGGCCUUAUCCGUGAACUCAGCUCCCCAUUGGCAGGAAGUUUAUACUUAGGAGAAGGACACUCUCGCCUCUACGAUGACGAUGCUGUUUACCAACUCGCUGUCCGAUUCGCGCUCGAAACAACACCUGCUCCCAGUACGAAACUGGAAAUACAUACCGUUCGUCUAUCGAACCCCUCGAAUCCUUAUAUUCUCCCUUUUGCCAUGCGAGGUGUCCUGGAGGAAGAAUACGUUCGGAGAGAAUUAUCCGAAGAAACAAUCGAACUUCUAAAACAAUUUGAUGACUGGAAACCAUCUACCAAGGUAUUGAAGGAUGUAAAAUUUAGAUUGGAAGGGAUCCGGUCGAAGCUGUGACUCAGGUUGAACAGUAACCCAUCUGGGGGUUCAAAGAACUAUAAAAGAUUUUCCUGCCAUUUACUCCGGAAUCCACGGAGUACCACUUAGCCUUUAGCCACUAUGUUAUAUACCCUAUGUCCUUUAAGCCAUGAGCUUUGCCAUGCUAGUUGUCUUGGGGGUCUAUGUUUAGAAUAGAGAUAGA